UUCCCAUUUUACUUGAAGCCGAGUUCUAGAUUUACGGAAAGUAAACUUCCGGUAUAGAAAAACUAGAACAAUAAAGCGGGAAUCGAACUUAUUUCGUAAACAUAUACGUAUAUAUUUCUGUCUAUGAUCUCUGUAUUAUAGUUAAAAUGACUGAUACACCAAGUGAAUUUAAGAUUAAGGAACCCCCAUCAGAUGGGAUAACUGCUACAAAAUUUGGACCAACAUCAAGUCAAUUUCUACUAGUAUCUUCAUGGGACACUACUGUUCGUCUUUAUGAUAUUAUUGCCAACAAUCAGAGAAUGAUUUAUAACCACUCAGAUCCAGUUUUAGACUGCUGUUUUCAGGAUUCUGUUCAUUCAUUUAGUGGUGGAGUUGAUAAUACAUUGAAAAUGUAUGAUUUUAAUACACAAUCUGAAACUAUAGUAGGAACACAUGACAAGCCAAUAAGAUGUGUAGAAUAUGGUGGGGAUGUUAAUGUAGUAGUAACAGGAAGUUGGGAUUCAACUGUUAAAUUAUGGGAUCCUAGAACACCUUGUUGUGCUGGAUCGUUUACACAACCUGACAAGGUUUAUACACUAUCUGUUGCUGGUGAUAGAUUAAUAGUUGGAACUGCUGGUCGUCGUGUCUUAGUGUGGGAUCUUCGUAAUAUGGGUUAUGUACAACAACGUAAAGAAUCCAGUUUGAAAUAUCAAACUCGAUGUAUCAGAUGUUUUCCUAAUAAACAAGGAUAUGUUCUUAGUUCUGUAGAAGGACGAGUAGCUGUAGAAUAUUUAGAUCCUUCACCAGAAGUACAGAAGAAGAAAUAUGCGUUUAAAUGUCAUCGUAUUAAGGAGAACGGUGUAGAGAGUAUUUAUCCUGUUAAUGCUAUAGCCUUUCACAAUCAAUAUAAUACAUUUGCUACUGGUGGUUCUGAUGGCUAUGUUAAUAUCUGGGAUGGUUUCAACAAGAAACGACUUUGUCAGUUCCAUAAAUAUCCCACCAGUAUAUCAUCCCUGGCCUUUAGUAAUGAUGGAUCAGUACUGGCUAUUGCUUCAUCUUAUAUGUUUGAGAAAGGACAGUUAGACGAAACACCAGAAGAUGAAAUCUUCAUCCGAAACGUCAGCGACCAGGAAACAAAACCAAAAUCUUGACUAGCAAUGUCUUAAUUUCAUAUCAUUCAUCAACACAUUAAGUCAGAAUAUUGUAUAAAUGGGAAGGUUUGAGAUAUAAAUUCAUGUAAAAAAGUGUAUAUUUUCAUUCAAUUACUAUUACAUUUUCAUCCAAUUACCAUUACAUUUUCAUCCAUUUAUCAAUAUUGUAGUUUAGUAUGAAAGAACAUAAGUUAAACUGAAUGAAGUUCUAAAUAUUUUGAAAAUAAUUAUUUAAAGAAAUUUAUUCUUGGGUUGAGUUAAGAUGGAGAAGAGGAACCAAAACAUUCAAAUUUGUGAUAGUGAAUAAUAUUUGUCUCAGGUUUCUAUUUGGGUUGCUAGACUUCACCUGAUGGCAUCAUGGAAUUAUACAAUUAACUGUUGUACUUUAUGAACAUUGAUAAAAACAAGCUGUGAAGUCGUUUGUGUCAUUAUCAACUCCUAGUAAAUUAAAGGGCAUAUGGUUCUAUUUUUUGGAAGCAUAAAUAGGUCUAAAAGCACAUAUUAAUUUAAUAUGAGUGUAUAUAUAAAGUGAUUAAUAUUCAAUUUAAAAAAAAAAAUUGUAAGUUCUAAUCAAUUAGUGAAAUACUAAACAGUCCAAAAAUGAAUGACAGUCGUUUACGCCUGCUUCGACUGUCCUAAACGUUUUUUUUUAUUAUUAUUGUAUCAUUUGUGAAUCAGCCAUUACUAUUUACUGUCGCAUUGUAAUUUAGGAUAUGUUUUUCUGUGUUCAUUGAUUUUACCCCAAACAAUAUGUACAUGACUGGUGUACCAUAUUUUAAAAUGUUAAUUGUGUCUUAAAUAUUGGAUAUUAGGAUCCCACAUUUUCACGGCAACAUAACAACAUCAAUAUUGAUUAAAAGGGAUCAAUAUUCAAUUCUAAUUUGUGUUUUUAAUUUCGAAUAUUAUGGAAAAUAUUGAGUUAGAGACUUUAAUUCUGUCAAAAUUUGUCGGAAAAUCAAAGUGUUAAUUAUUGUUAAAAGAUGUUUUUAUUAUUAAAUGCAAUGUACAUUAAAUAUAUUAAUGAUUAUAUUUAAAUUCUUUGAAGUUAUGCAUAUACAUGUAUGCAUACCACAUAGUGGACCCUUUAUUAUUAAGAGGGCUGUAACAUUUUGCAGUUUAUAGAAACCCUGGAGAAAAGGUUGGAUAGGUUACCCCCCUUCUUGACAUAUAUAAACAUGGGAUGGAACUUAUAACUUGCAUAAAUGACUGACCUAAUAAUCAUCCACAUAACUUGUGAUAGAUUUACUUCUCGUUCCCCCUCGCCUGUAAUAUAAUCCUAUUUGAUAGACCCAUGAACACACCUGAUUAAUCAUACUGCACACAGUGAUUCAUCUACUUCAUACCUGGAGAACACCUAUUCUCUCAACGGCCGGUAUCAUUGUCUUUCGCAAUUUGUGUGGAGUAAGCACCGCUAUGGGGUCUAGCAACUAUUUGUUUAGGCUUAAAUUUACUUAUGCUGUCGAGCCUCUUUAUCAGAAAAUCGCCCAAAGCCAGACAUACACUGUCAGAUUUGGUUGAAAUCAGUUCUUUUGGAGAAGAAAGACAAACACGCACAAAAGGAGCCGAACCUAUCAUAAUCGAUCCCUGUCGUGUGUCGGUCCGCAACAGUGCUGGUGAACUUCAUUAGAACCAAACGAAGGGGCAUCACAGAAGAAUGUGCUGACGUUCAUCAAGUUGAUUAGUGGAACAUGCCUAAAUUAGCACCGUUUUUUUUCAAAAAAAUUGACCAAGGGGGUGUGGGACAGGGUGAAAAAUAUAACUACCUAUUAUAUAAAUUAUUUAUUCAAUCAAUAAUAGAUUUGUGUAUUAAAAAAAUUGUACAAAAUGUAAUUACUACAACUUAUUGCUUCUUAACUAAUAUUGUAUACCUAAGCACUAAUUCUAAUACUGUAAUACAAUAAUAAUAAAUGGUACAUAUUAAAACAAAAGAUUCAGCAUUAGUUAAUUGUAGAUAUCAUAAUUUGAAAAAAAUAUAGCCGAAUUUCUUCUUUAAUUUUUCUUCUAUAGAUCAGUCACAGCUUUUUGGUAAAAGGACAUUUCAUGAAAGAAGUUUUCAUUUCAAAAAAAUAUCCUCUUGAAUCAUUCAUGUUGGAUCCGAUUACAAUACAUGUAUAUUAAUUACUGAUGAAAAUUAUAGAAUCCAUGCAUAUUCAAAGAAUUUAUUAUUAAAAUUUAGCUCGACACACA